AUGGCAGCCCCCUCGCCCUACUUCAGAGCCUUCAAGGACUUCGAACACUUCCCCGACGCCCCCAUCACCGAAGAAUUCAACCGCCUCGCCAAGCUGCGCCAGUGGAAAGAAGGCUCUCCAACAUGGUCGAAGCAGUGGAAUCGAUUCGUGAACUUGGAGUACAACCGGCUGGUUGGCAAGAGGGAACUAGUCACGCUCGAAGACUGGCAAAUACUCUGCGAGCAGCUCGGCCUUGAGGGUUCCUUGCCCUCUAUUAAACAGUGCAAAAAGGCCAUGAAAACAAUACAUGUUAAUAUUGUGGACUUUUUGGAGGCGAGGCAGAUGGGCACGACGCCGCAGAGGUUUGAGACCAAGGAGGACCUGGCGGAGUAUACGCUCACCACGAAGCGGUUCUUCAAUCGAAAGGUGGUCAAGGGGGACAGGAUCCUGCGCGAGCUGCUGAAGGUUUUCGAUUAG